AUGUCCGGAGCUGAGGCCGCAAUAGCCGGAGUGGGCUUAUUGUGUAGUGCGAUACAAAUUGUCACUUUCGGUCGAGAUAUCCUGCAAGUCUACUGUCAAGUUCGUGAUGGACGAUCUCCCGACCCGAGACUAGAGGCAUACCUCAAGAGUGCGGAGGAUUGUUUCAACCAAAUGAACGCCUCAGCUUCGGCAGCCGCCCAAGUCCAGCCGUUAAACACAGACCAACAACAAAUUGUCAAAGUUGGACAAGAGCUCCAUGACUCUAUGGACAAGCUGCAAUCCAAAUUCGUCGAGCUUCAUCUUGAUCAGGCAUCUAAACGUGGACUUCGUGGGAAGAUGCUAAUGGCCAAGAAGACUUUGAAAUCUCUCUGGCAAUCUAAGGAACUCGGAAGUCUUGAAGAAAACCUGAAGAGAUAUGAAAGCCUUCUCCACGGUGUCGUUCUUCAUCGCAUAUGCAACCAGUCUCAAGCUGCAGAAAUCAAGUCAACCGAGGCAUUUAAUGAACUCAACACGAAUCUACAAUCAUUCAUCGCACAGCUGGCUGAUGGUCGUACCAAGCUAUCUGAGCUAUUACUUACCUCACUAGAGAUAAGAGAUCGAGUUACUCAAGAGCAUGAAAAAACACGUAAAGCCAUGGAUCGAGGCUUCACUUCCACGCAAGGCACUAUUUCGGGUAUUUGCGACUCAAUGUCCCAACGUUUUCAAGACUCGACCCAACGUGAGCUGAGCAGAGAUUUGGAGAAACACCAUGAACAACUACUCGAGAGCCUUAGAUUCUCUGACAUGAAUCGCCGCAGAAAUCAGGUAUCUGAGAACUACCCAGGAACCUUUUCUUGGGUGUUCAAGAACACGCGCUAUGAUGGUCGAAGUCAUUCACUUAGCGAUGAAGAGACAGACAACGAAGAGAAAGACGAAGAAGACGAAAAAGAUGAUAUCACUAUGGACGAUACACCAGAGUCUGCCCCUACCACAGAUGCACCAAACAUCAACAGCUUUCCCGCUUGGUUGGAGUCAGAUUUGAAUCUAUUCUGGAUCAGUGGUAAACCAGCCUCGGGAAAAAGCUCACUCAUGAAGUUUCUCGCAUUGAAUUCCCUCACAAUGGACCAUCUCAAAGUUUGGCAGCGCAACAUGCAGAUGACGGACCGCAAAUUACAUAUCAUCACCCACUUUUUUUGGAAGCCGGGCCAACUGUUACAGAGGAACAUCGAAGGCAUGAUGCUCUCUCUUCUAUAUCAAGUGCUCCAAAAGGACCCUUAUCUCGCUCGGCGGCUGUGGGAAGAUCAAGAGAAUGUUUCCGAAAAGCGAGCUCGUGGAGACUGGGACCUCAAUGAGCUAAGAGAGGCUCUCUGUUACGCAAUCAAAUCUUCAAGCGACGCCUUUUGCAUUUUCCUGGACGGACUGGAUGAGGCAAAGGAGUUGGAGAGUUUAUCAUGGCGUGAUAAAAGAAAGACUCAGGUCAUUCAUGACCUGCUAUGGCUCAGCAAUGUCAAGCUGUGUGCGUCGAGCAGGGAAGAACAUCCCUUCUGCUUAUUUUUUGACGGUCGGCCCCGCUUGAGAAUCCAUCAGCUUACUUACCACGACAUUUACCACUUUGUGGAGAAUAAACUCGAAGUAGCUGGGCUGAGUUCUUCCUACCGACAUCACAUUCUAAAAAUAGUUGUGGAGAAAGCAAACGGGGUAUUCCUCUGGGUCGUCUUAGUUCUCGAUAGUCUCAAUCGAGCAAUACGGUCAGGGACAGCAAGUUAUAACGAAUAUGAGGAGCGACUUGCACAGACUCCUGCAGAUUUAAAUGACCUAUUGAUCGAUAUGUGGGAGCGACCAGGAGAUGAUGCCAAACUACCAAGCUACAGAAUCGAUGCCUCUCGCUACUUUAGCCUAGCUAUUACAGCCAAAAAGCUUGACGAGGAUAUGGAAGUUGACUUGGAAGUAAAAUAUAAGUCACCUGAUCACAAUUCGAUGCGUUCCUUACUUGUUAUGGCCACGGCUCUGGAGGAUGCGCCUCUAACAUCAAUAUUGGACACGGGCCGAGACAUCCAGGCAAAAGACCUACAGGCCAGAUGUGCAAGGGUGGCAGAUCGAUUGCGAUUGAUUAGCCGUGGAUUACUUGAGAUAGCAAAGACUCCAAUCGCAGAUGACGUUGAUUACUUUGAAGGAAAUCCACGCCUAAUUCCUUACGACACCAAGAGGAUCGACUUCAUUCACAGAUCUGCUUUCGACUUCAUUACAGACACACAAUUCGGUCGCGAGUGUCUGAGUACAUGCGACUGGUCCCCGGUUGAGCAGGUUGACAGGUUACUCGGAGGUCAUCUUGUCAAAUGUCGGUUUCUAUGCUUCGAGCCACCGUGGUAUACCGUUGGGAUGACGACAGACAAAAUGAUCUAUAAGAUGAUCAAUCAAACCUCCAUACAACUGCAUGCAGCCUUGAAAAUCACCUACUAUGAUAGAUGGGGCGAUUUAUCCUCCGAAAAUAGGAUGUUGCGAAUACUCAAGGAUUGGCAGGAAUCUGGCUUGUUUUGCGCCCACUCAUAUUAUAACUACCCACAGGGUUCAAAAACCCCUUCGAAUCUCUUGGAAUUGGAAUUCCUUGAACAAAUCGUGGAAACAGCCCCUCGAUUUUUUAUUAUUGCUGGUAUACUAGACGGAUUUUCAAUCGGCCCUCUCAUUGAUGCCAUUCCUGUUCUGCUUCGAGCAGCAGUAGACGGUUCUUCAGGGGCAAUAACGGAUCCGGGGUGCUGGGACUUGGUCGGAUACAUCCUAACCCGUCUGACUAAUACAAAUAGUGAGGAGCGACAGGGUGUUUCCUCCCAAGCUCGAGCUAACGAGCACUCUGUCUUCAACAGACAAUUGGGAGUACCCCUUUAUAUUGAGCUUUGA